CCGGUCGCAAAGUCCCGGCCGGGCCCGGGCCGGCCCUUCCCCUGUCCCGGGGUUUCCCGCGGGAAGACGGCAGCCCGCCUCCUCCUCCGCCUGGGCCCGGCCUGGGGGAAGUUCCCGGCUGGGAAGUUUGUAGCCGGCGCCGGGGGGAGGCCGCGGGGGCUCUGCGGAGGCGCGAUGCCGCCUAAGGAUCGCGGCAGACGCAAGUUGCCAGUUCCUCUCCCAAAAGACAUGAUCCUGAAAGACACCGAAGGAAAAGUGUGGAGGCUGGGCACUCAGAUCGGCCAGGGAGGAUUUGGCUUAAUCUAUUUAGCUUCCCCUCAAACUCAUGUUCCUGUAGAAGAUGAUGCAGUGCAUGUAAUUAAAGUGGAAUAUCUUGAAAAUGGUCCCUUAUUUUCUGAACUGAAAUUUUACCAGAGGGCUGCAAAACAAGAGCAUAUAAGAAAAUGGAUGAAUCUCAAAAAAAUAAGAUGUUUAGGAAUUCCAGUGUUCUGGGGAUCAGGCUUGGCUGAGUACAAGGGAAAAAGCUAUAGAUUCAUGGUCAUGGAGAGACUGGGGGAAGACCUUCAAAGAAUCUUUGAAGAUUGUGGAAGCAGAUUUAAGAAGGACACUGUUCUGCAACUUGGAGCACGAAUGUUGGAUACUUUGGAAUAUAUACAUGAAAAUGAGUAUGUUCAUGGUGACAUUAAAGCAGCAAAUCUACUUUUGGGCUAUACCAAUCCACAUGAGGUUUAUCUUGCAGAUUAUGGACUUUCCUACAGAUAUUGUCCCAAUGGGAACCACAAACAGUAUCAGGAAAAUCCUAGGAAGGGCCAUAAUGGGACAAUAGAGUUUACCAGCAUAGAUGCCCACAAGGGAGUAGCCCCAUCCAGACGAGGUGACCUUGAAAUCCUUGGCUACUGCAUGCUGCAAUGGUUAUGUGGGAAGCUGCCCUGGGAACAGAACCUGAAGGACCCUGUGGCUGUCCAGUCUGCGAAAACAAAACUUAUGGAUGAGCUCCCAGAUUCAGUGAUGGAAUGGGGUUCUUCUGGAAGCAGCUGUAGUGAAAUAUCCAAGUUUUUGGAACGUGUUUAUGGCUUAGCUUAUGAUGAGAAGCCAAAGUAUCAAGUGCUCAAGAAAAUCCUGCUGGAUGGACUCAAGUCAAGUGGGACUGAAUGUGAUGGCCCUCUGGAAUUUUAUGCAGCAGCACGGACACGAAAUUGCUCUGCUGCUGAAUUGUCAAAAGUUAGCUUACCAAAGCCUGUGCCGAAACCAGUUCAGCAGAAGCAAAAAAAGCUGGAAGGUGAAGACUCCAUCUGUCAAAACAAAGCCUGUACUGGGGUAAGAGGCAAACAGCUCCAGGAUGAAGAGAAGGCAAGACAAUUAAAGAGGAUACUUCACCAAACGGAGCCUCAGCAGGUUCCCUCAGCGAAGCCUGCACCAAAACCAGCGCAACAGGAGCAAAACAAGGUGAAAGAGGAAGACUCUAACUGCCUAAGCAGGGCCCAAGCUCGCGUAACGCACCGGCAGCUCCAGGCUGAAGAGCAGCCGAAUAAAUUCUACACUACCAUUCGGGAGCCUGGCCAGGACCACCCCUCGCAGAAAGACACUGCAAGAGAAUUACCAGCAUUUGACCCCCAAGCAAUAUUCUCACAACCCAAAAAGAAACACGAUCAACUCUUAACUCCCGAUCAUCCCGCAUGGUUGGAAGGAAGCGGUUCUGCCAUCACUGCUCCUUCUCCAUCUCUUGUAUUUCGGCUUGCAUUUGCUGACGAGACGUACCACUACAGCGUAGCCAUACUCGUACUUCUGCUACUAAUCGUACUUUCCUUGUUUUUUCUUUGA